AUGUCCAAGAUUCUCUCGGUUCUCUUCCUUCUUUCUAUAAUCUUUGCCAUGUCUACUGAUGCGACUCAAGAGCUCUGUGAGCAAAAACGUCUAAUUCCCACUGUCCUUUCAAUUUGUGGAGCGCCUUGUGGAAAUUUUAAGGCACUACAAAAUAUGUGUCAUGAAAAGAAACUCCUGAGCGAUGUUCAAGUCAAGUCGGCGUGCUGCCCUUAG